AAGAAAUGUUUAAUUGAUGUCCUGGACUUUUUUUUAUUUUAUUUUAUCCAAUAUUUGUAAGAUAAAAGCAAGUAGCUCUUCCUUGAACUUUUCAACUCCAAAUGUCACGUUUCAGUGACGUCGUCACGCAGACGCCAUUCCGCUUCUGGUUGUUUUCUCUUGCUUGUUUUUGAAUAAUCACGUGGGAGCCCCACAGUGCUGCGUGUGAGCGGAGCGGCAGUGACACGGCAGUCUUUGGAAAGCUCCACGCCACUUCUCGUCCUGCGGUCCUGACAGCAGAAAAGCACCAUGCCUGUGGUGAAACUGGAGGAAUGUCGAGAAAAGAUUCGCAAAGAGUUGAACAACGUUGUGGACUUCUGGCUGAAAUACUCUCAUGACACUGUUUUUGGCGGCUUCUUCAAUUGUAUUGGGAAGAACGGGACGGUUUAUGAUGAGCUGAAAUAUGUCUGGUUGCAGGGUAGACAGGUGUGGAUGUACUGUCGCCUUUAUAGAACAAUGGAUAGAUUCCACAGGCCUGAAAUCCUUGAAGCAGCCAAAGCUGGAGGGACUUUCCUCAGGAAGUUUGCUCGUGUUUCCAGCAGCAAUGGUCAGAUGAAGUGUGCGUUCUGUUUAACACGAGAUGGUAAAGCAGUGAAAGUACAGAGGACAAUCUUCAGUGAGUGUUUCUACAUCAUGGCUUUAGACGAACUGAGCAGAGUCACUGGUGACAAGGACAUGCAGCAAGAGGCUGAACAGAUGAUGGUGCAGCUCAUCUUCUGGGUUCAGGUUGACCCAACAGGUUUGGGCCGACCCAGCCUACCUGGUGACACACCCACCAACAGCAUGGCAGUUCCAAUGAUGCUGAUGUGCCUCGUGCAGCAACUCACUGACGGCCGUGGUCAGGGAGCAGUCUUGAAGUACAAAAAGUUGAGCAGCUGGUGCGUGCAGAAGAUUCUCGAACAUGUCCAGAGAGAUGGCACAGCUGUUUUAGAGAAUGUGUCGUUGGAGGGGGCAGAGCUACCAGGUUGUCAAGGCCGACUGCAGAAUCCAGGCCAUGCCUUGGAAGCAGGCUGGUUCCUACUUCAAUACACAACUCAAUGGGGGGACAAGGAGCUGCAGGAGACAGCCAUCAAUAAGUUUGUGGAGUUACCCUUUCAGUAUGGCUGGGAUAAAGAGCACGGUGGCCUCUUCUACUUCCUGGAUGCAGAUGGGCACUGUCCCACCCAGUUGGAGUGGAGUAUGAAACUGUGGUGGCCUCACUGUGAGGCUCUUGUCGCCUUCCUCAUGGCCUACAGCCAAACCAAAAGGCCUGGACUGCUGGAGAGAUUCUCUCAAGUUUAUGACUACACAUUUAGCCACUUUUCUGAUGACCAACAUGGUGAAUGGUUUGGCUAUCUGUCACAAGAUGGAAAAGUAGUUCUGGAUUUUAAAGGGGGCCCCUUUAAAGGGUUCUUCCAUGUACCACGCUGCCUGUAUAUGUGCGAGCGUAUUCUGGAUGAUCUGCUGGAUAAUAAAGCAUGAACCUUCUCGCCAUUGUGUUUUAGAUUAGUAGAGAAACAUAUUUUUAAACAGUUGCAAAUCAAAGUAUAAUGAAUGUAUUUUUUUAAAUAUUAUAGCUGUAUGUGUGUAUCUUCAGUUGCAGAUUUAUUAUGAAAUAAAACACUCCCAUGACGAGUCCGUCCAUCCACCAA